UGGAAAAAUGGAAACUAAUAUUAAAAAGUUGUUUUCGGCAAAAUACUAGAAGAAAAAGGAAAGAAAAAAAAGAAGAAGAAAAACUGCAAUCUGAUUCGCACUAUAUAAACAAACUGUAAGCUUAAGGUCUCUCAAAACAUAUAUCGAUCAUACGGAGGUAGAGGACGCUGAGAACGGAGAAUCCUAAAUCGUAGCUCGUCACCGUAAGCUUACUUCUCUCUGCUUCGUUUCGCGGCGGUUAUUAGGGUUUAAUCUCGUCGGCGUUUUGAAAGUUCUUCGAUUAGAUCAGAUUUGUGGUUAACAUUGUUUAUCUGUUUGAUCUUGAAUCCUUGGGUUUUGGUGAUGGCGAACUUGGGAGAGAAGAUUGAUCCUAAGUCCUCUGGAGAUAGAAUUGCUAAGGGAAGGCCUCUGGAGCGUGAUGAUACAGUUUCUGAUCGGCAGAGCAAGAGGCAUUGUAUUAGAGAUGAUGAUGUGGUUUAUCAGCCCAAGACUAAGGAGACAAGGGAUGCUUAUGAGGCUAUGAUUGGCCUUAUUCAGCAGCAUCUGGGUGGGUUGCCUUUGAAUAUUGUUAGUGGUGCCGCAGAUGAGAUCUUGGCUCUUCUCAAUAACGAUGCAGUCAAUAACCCUGAAAAGAAGUUGGAGAUUCAGAAGCUUCUGAAGCCUAUACCUGAGGAGAUGAAUCAGGUUUUCGAUCAGCUUGUUUCCUUUGGGAAAUUGAUCACCGACUUUGGUGUGGCUGUUGAGUUUGAGGAGGACGAAGAAGAGAGUGAUUCUGAUAUAGCCCAGGAUGAAGAACUUCAGGAAACUGGAGGUAUACAGGUGGAUGCAGGGGAGGGCACGAGUCUGAACGUUCAGGAUAUUGAUGCAUACUGGCUCCAGAGAGAAACAGUGAUAGAGAGGGAGGAGAACCUGCUGAAAAGUCUUUAUGAAGCAGCCCGGUGUUUGAAGGACAUAACUGUUGCUGAUACAGAUUUCAAAAGUGGUUGGUUCAAGGGUCAGCGUCAGAUGCUGGACCUGGAGAGCUUGGCUUUUGACCAAGGUGGUUUCCUGAUGGCGAAUGAGACGUGUGUCCUUCCACCUGGCUUCUACAGAAGUCGUUGCGAGGGAUAUGAUGAACUUAACGUCCCAUGGGUUUCUAAAAAGGUGGAUAUCAAUGAGAAGCUUGUGAAGAUCGGGGAGAUGCCAGCUUGGGCUCAACCGGCUUUUAAGGGAAUGCGACAGUUGAACAGUGUUCAGAGCAAAGUAUACGAGACCGCACUAUUUAAGGAAGAUAACAUUCUUCUUUGUGCUCCAACCGAUGCUGGGAAAACCAAUGUUGCCAUGCUCACCAUUCUCCAGCAAAUCGGAUUCAAUAAGAAGGGUGAUGGAACAUAUAACCAUGGAAAUUACAAAAUUGUCUAUGUUACACCCAUGAAAGCCCUUGUUACUGAGGUGGUCAGUAACCUGUCUUAUCGUCUGAAGGAUUAUGGAGUUACUGUGAAAGAACUCAGUGGGGAUCAGUCUCUUAGUGGGAAAGAAAUUGAGGAGGCCCAGAUAAUUGUUACCACACCAGAAAAGUGGGAUAUCAUCACCAGGAAGUCUAGUGAUACCCAGCUUGUGAGCCUUGUUAUUAUCGAUGAAAUCCAUCUUCUUCAUGAUAAUAGAGGGCCUGUGCUUGAAAGCAUUGUCGCUAGGACUCUUAGACAGAUUGAAACCACCAAGGAGAAUAUUCGCUUGGUGGGUUUGUCAGCUACACUGCCAAAUUAUGAAGAUGUGGCCUUAUUUUUGCGGGUUGAUCUUAAGAAAGGGUUAUUUAAGUUCGACCGCAGCUACAGACCAGUGCCUCUUAGUCAGCAGUAUAUUGGAAUCAGUGUGCAAGAACCGUUGCAGAAGUUCCAGAUGAUGAAUGAUCUUUGUUAUAAGAAAGUGUUGGCUGGUGCUGGAAAGCACCAGGUUCUUAUUUUUGUUCAUUCGAGGAAGGAGACAGCAAAAACUGCAAAAUUAAUAGUGGAGACAGCAAUGGCUAACGAUACCGUCAGCAGAUUCUUGAAAGAAGAUAGUGCAAGUCGUGAAGUUCUUCAGAGUCAGAUUGAACUUAUUAAGAAUGGUGAUCUGAAAAAACUUCUGCCUUACGGUUUUGCUAUUCAUCAUGCUGGGCUAACAAGGGGUGAUCGUGAGAUAGUUGAAGCGCUUUUUGGUGAAGGGCAUGUGCAAGUCUUGGUUUCCACAGAAACUCUCGCAUGGAGUGUGAAUUUGCAUGCUCAUACUGUCAUAAUCAAAGGAACCGAGGUCUAUAAUCCUGAGAAAGGGGGGUGGAUGGAACUCACUCCCCUGGAUGUUAUGCAGAUGCUUGGUCAUGCUGGAAGACCUCAGUAUGAUCAAUAUGGGGAAGGUAUAAUUAUCACUAGCUACAGCAAGGUGCAGUUUUAUCUUUCUUUGAUGAAUGAGCAACUACCUAUUGAAAGCCAGUUUAUUUUAAAACUUGCUGAUCAGCUUAAUGCUGAAAUUGCGCUUGGAACGGUUCAGAAUGCUAGAGAGGCUUGCCAUUGGCUUGGCUAUACGUAUCUAUAUUACCGUAUGGUUCGUAAUCCAACGCUUUAUGGUUUAGCGCCUGAUGUCCUUGCAAAAGACGUAGUGUUGGAGGGAAGAAGAGCUGACCUGAUACACUCAGCUGCUACUAUCUUGGACAAAAACAACUUGGUUAAGUAUGACAGGAAAAGUGGAUGUUUCCAAGUUACUGAUCUGGGACGGAUUGCUAGCUACAACUGUGUAAGUCAUGGGACCAUAGUUACGUACAAUGAGCUUUUGAAGCCAACGAUGGGUGAUAUAGAUCUUUAUCAUCUGCUAUCGCUGAGUGAGGAGUUCAAGUAUGUGACUGUUGGGCCAGAUGAGAAGAUGGAACUGGCGAAACUUUUGGAUCGUGUCACGGUUCCGAUCAAGGAAACUCUGGAGGAGCCCAGUGCAAAGAUUAAUGUUUUGUUACAGGCAUACAUUUCACAUCUUAAGCUUGAGAGUCUUUCUUUGACAUCAGACAUGGUUUUUAUAGGUCAGAACGCUGGACGUCUUGUACGAGCUCUCUAUGAAAUUGUAUUGAAGCGCGGAUGGGUUCAACUGGCUGAGAAAGCUCUGAAAAUGGUUGGGAGGAUUACUAGAAAAUAAAAAAAUUUAGGCUAGACUCUAGAUCAGCAGAUUAUUGGUACCUUGUUUCUAGUUCUGUCAACUAGCAUCUCAAGCGACUUGAUUUAAGCGUAUUGGUGUUGUUGGCGCAAUAACCUCGUGGAACUUUCCCUUAGCCAUGAUUACUCGGAAAGUCUUGCUUUGUUGUACCUUUUCAGUUUGCCUUCUCUUUUAUAGAACCUGCCUAGUAUACUGUAUACUAUCCCAGUAGAUUAUGUUUUUUCAUUAGGUUUGAUGUGGAUGGUUGACGGCAAUGCAGGUUAGCCCUGCUCUUGCUUCUGGAUGCACAGUCGUGUUGUUAAACCAUCUGAACUUACGCCCCUAACAGCACUUGCUGCGACUGAAUUUGCACUCCGGUAAAGUGAGGAAAAUAAAGUUCACAGGAUAACAGCAGUUGGGAAGAAGUUGAUGGCAGCUGCUGCAUCUACUGCAAGAAGGUUUCUCUAGAACUUGGCGGCGAUGCACCCUCCAUAAUAUUUGAUGAUGCAGACCUGGAUGUUGCAGUAAAAGCAACGGAAUAGUGGACAGACAUGUGUUUGUGCGAACAGAGUACUUGUGCAAGAUGGUACAGCGCACACCCCUAUGGAUCUUGCAUCUAGUAUUAGUAUUUUUUUUUCCACAGGUAUAUAUGAUAAAUUUGCUGAGGCUUUUUCUGAAGCAGUACAAAAAUUAGAAGUAGGAGAUGGCUUUAAGGAGGGGACACCCAGGUCCACUUAUAAACGGUGCAUUAAUUCAAAAGGUAGUCAUUCGUACAAGAUGCUGUUUCCAACGUAUGUUUUUCCUUAUGCAUCUUUGCAAACCUUGAUUUCUAAUUGAGAGAGCAAAAAUCAUUCUCGGCGGCAAAAGGCACAGUCUAGGGAUGACUUUUUAUGAGGCUCUACUGUUAUCCGUGAUCAUGUCUAUGCAAGUUCUGAAAGAUUCACAUAAUUUCAGUGUUUUAGCUUUUUGUGUCUCUAAAGAAUGAAGUUGAAGCAUCUAGUGUUCUUCGCAUUUGUUUCUUAGGAAGGAGAUUUUCGGACCAGUAGCUCCCCUUAUUCGGUUCAUAACCGAGAAGGAAGCUGUCAGAAUCGCUAAUGACACUAUUGCAGGACUUGCUGCUUAUAUAUUCACAAACAGUGUCCAAUGAUCGUGGCGUGUCUCUGAAGCACUUGAGUACGGGCUUGUAGGGGUGAACGAAAGGACUCAUAUCAACAGAAGCAAGACCAGAAAUGGAAGAAUCACAUUUUUGAAAAUUAGUCAUUCAUUUGGUCCAGUGUCGUCCCACAAUUUGGGGUGGCCUAAAGCAUUAAAAAAAUUGUGUGGCCUAUUAUAUUAUAUACCAAUAAUAUAUAGUAAUACAUUAACACCAAAUCAGUACAAAAGUGUAAGAAAUAAUCAAAUGGUUAAAAUAAAAACUAUAUUGGA